UGGAACUCAAAGCACAGUAGAAAAAUUCAGCUAUAUACUCAUUUUCUCUCCCUCCCAUAAAAAAAUGGCAAGCAAUGUAGUGUUUUCGAACAUUGUGGUUGUGCUAUGGCUAUGCAGCAUAUUGGUCAUGACACCAGCAGAAUCACGUCGACGAGCAUUGGAAGCACCACAAGAGUUGGCACAAAAAUUUAGUAGAAACCCUGAAACGCUUUCGCUAGCGUCAACUGACUAUGGGCACAUAGUUUACAAAACCCCAUGGGCAGUGUUUGAGCCAAGUUCCAUUGUUGAUAUAGCGACCUUGAUAAGCUUCUCAAACUCUCUUCCAAUUCCUUUCACCAUAGCCACAAGAGGCCGAGGCCACUCGGUUCUUGGACAAACCAUGACACGAGAUGGGGUGGUUCUCAAUAUGACACACCUCAACGAUCACUUCACAGAUAUUAAUAAUGCUUCAGUCUCAGCAUUUUCAAUCACUUGUCUUCCAUUGGGUUUUUGUUAUGCUGAUGCAGGUGGUGAGCAAUUGUGGACUGAUUUGCUGAGUGUAACCCUUAAACUUGGUCUCACACCCCACGCUUUGACUAACUACUUGUAUUUGACCAUUGGAGGCACCAUCUCUAAUGCUGGCAUCAGUGGCCGCACAUUUCGAGUUGGACCUCAGAUCUCUAAUGUUCUCGAAUUGGACGUUAUUACAGGGAAAGGAGAAUUUGUGACUUGCUCUCCUCUGAUAAACUCAGAACUAUUUUAUGCUGUUCUUGGAGGAUUAGGUCAAUUUGGGGUUAUAACAAGAGCGAGAAUACCUCUAGGGCCUGCACCCAAGAGGUUGUUUUGGCUUCAUUUGCUUUACACCAACUUCACCACAUUUUCUAGAGACCAAGAGUAUUUAAUCUCGUUGAAUGACACUAUUGCACCAGAUUUUGUAGAUGGUCAAGUUCUAUUGUCCAAUCAAGACCAACCAGAUCUUUCCUCUUAUUCAACUUCAGAUCAACCAAGGGUAACUUCCUUGAUAAAACAAUAUGGCAUUGUCUACGUCUUAGAGCUUGUCAAAUAUUAUGACAACAACUCUCAAUCACGAGUCGAACAGGAAGUUGAAAAUUUGGUCAAAGGCUUAAAUUUCUUACCUAAGUUUAGGUUCAAAAAAAAUGCAUCGUAUGAGGAGUUUAUAGACAGGGUUCAUGCUGCUGAGCUUUACGCUCUCAGACCACGUGGACUUUGGGAUGUUCCUCAUCCUUGGCUGAACAUGUUUGUUCCAAGUUCUCGAAUCGUUGAUUUUAAUGAAGGUGUAUUCAAGGGCAUUAUUUUAAAGCAAAAUAUUUCUCCUGGUACUUGUUUAGUCUACCCCAUGAAACGAAACAAGUGGGAUGGUAGGAUGUCAGCAGUUAUACCAGACGAAGAUGUUUUCUACUCUGUAAAUCUUUUUCAUUAUGUAUCUGCGUCAUAUAACGUGAAGGAUUAUGAAGCUCAAAACCAAAAAAUAUUAGAGUUUUGUAAGGAUGCUGGUAUUAAGAUUAAGGAAUAUCUUGCCGGAAACAAAACACAUCAACAAUGGGUGGAACACUUCGGUUCAAAAUGGAAACUUUUUGAAGAAAGAAAACUUGAAUUUGAUCCCAAAAGAAUACUGUCACCUGGACAAGGGAUUUUUCAAUAAACAGUGCAGUAGGUUUCAAUUCACAUUGUUUACAUGUUUGUGGGUGAUUUAUUUAUAUUUUCAAUUGAUGAGCAUGUUUAGAAUUAUUUAGAGCUUUGGAAAUAAUUUGAUGUAUGAGUGAAAUAUCUUAUUUCAAAAUUCGUGGAAUAAAAAAUUAUAUGACUAUUAAUUUCUUUUU